UGUUCAGUCAGUGCUAGAGUGAAUGGAAUUGAAAAUGCAUUAAAUUUCGCUGUGUUCUGCUCAUCGAGUGUUUAUUGUUUACUACUAUUCCCCUAUGCAGUUUCAUAACUCGUAAUUUGACAAAUUCACUGAAACAACAGCUUAAUGAAUAUUUGUAGCAGUGUUACAUUAUUAAAAGUGCUAUAAAUCACAGUAGCAAUUUUAGAGUCAGAGUCAGAGUCGGCCGGUACGUUGAUUGGUUUGGUUCGUUGCGUUUUCGGAAUGGUUUGAUUAUUGGAUUGAAUUGACUUGGAUGGGAUUGACUUCAACCGAAUUGGCAGUUGAUCAAAUCGGAUCUGAUCGCAGUGGAUUGCACAUUCUAAAAUAUACCAACAUACUUACAUAUAAAUAUAUUUAGAUACAAAAAAACAUACAGUUGAAAAGUGCGUGAGCCAUCGUUUGUGGGCGAAGUGUUUGCAGCCGAAAAGAUAUUGCCCAUUUGUGUUUGUAGAUAUGUGUAAAGUGUAUAAAUAACGUGAAAAACGACGAAAGAACAUUUGUGCGUGCCCUUGUGUGCGUCUGCACGCAAAUAUAUUUGGUGUAAAUCACCUGAAGUGUAAUUGAACAUUUGAACAUCGACGGCUUAUCAAACGCACAGCGCACACGCACAUAUGCAAACAUAUUUACGCAACGCACGCGCAUACAUACAAACACACAAGCGGAUAGAGGUGGAGACACACACGCGCCCAUCCACCCACCAGCCAGUUUGAUAAACGAAGAUUUGUGACGUCGUCGGCAGCGCUGUCGUGAUUCGUGAAUGUGGCACUGCGGAUAGCGCUCACAAGCAAACACACACACACACACACACACUCAGGCGCGCUCAUGCAAGCAGCUCAACCGCACACGCACAAGUGCUAAUGCUCACUGAAAUUUCUUGGCAUUUCUGCGAGAGCAAACUCAGUCGCGCGUGCAUAUGUAUUUUGCGAAUUCUCCCAGCCUCUUUGAGUCAGUCAGCGAGUGAGUCGUCGACUCUUUGCAAUUAGAAGAAGCGUCAAGUAGACACGAAGAAGUGUGGCCGCAAGCAGCAGCCACAAGCGAGCUUCGUUCGUACCUUGCCCACUUAUAGUGUGUGUAUAGAUUUGCAACAGGGCAAACGAGCAAACGAGCAACAGUGCGAAGUUGCGUCUCCAGUUGCAGCUGCCAUCGUCGGUCGUUUGUUCUCCGCGUUCUCGUUGUGUUGCUGUGACUUUGCGACACUUUGUGCGUGUGCUUUGUUGUUCUUUGUUGUCAUCUCGUACGCCGUACGAAGCCGGCGGGGCGCAACGUGUAAACUGGCGCAAAUGCCGCUGCGGUCGUCGCCGCUGCCUGCUGCAAAAUGGAAACGAACAAUGUGCAACUUUGCCGCAUCUGCAUCUCAACGAAUGUGGGCUGCACGCAAAUGAUUUCGAUAUUUGGCGAAGAUUCGCUGUGGCAGAAAAUCACCACAUUGGCCGAUGUUAAGAUCGAAAAAGGCGACACCCUACCGCAACAGGUGUGUGUGACAUGUGCCAAAAAUGCAAUAUCCGCAUGUCUCUUCAAGAAGAAGUGCGAAGAUGCUGACAAUUUCUUUCGCCAGCAAUUGCUCAUACAAAAGUUCGAGAAUCGCACGUCCACUGGCAGCAAUGCGGCGUCCGCGCAACCGGAAGUUGACUCCACAGAUCAAGUGCCCGAAGUGGCCGCUAUGGAGAGUUAUGGUGGCAGCGACGGCGAGGAACCACACGACCAGACGCAUAUCAGCGCCAGCGGACACUCGAAUGGCUUAAUGAUCGAAGAGGACGAUGGUGAAAUAAAGUUUCCGUAUGCCAAACAACCGUUCGACUUUCAUUCCAUACGACUAAUGCACGAGUACAUGCAACAGCAGUUGAGCAAGAUUAACGGUUCGCAUAAGAGCGCCGGAGCUGACAAUAGCGGUGCGAAUUCGGAUGCCGCUGCUGAUGACGAUGAAGAGGAUCCACUACCGCUGAUGCCCGAAGUGCAACUACUAACACCAAACGAUGAAGUGGCGGUCGUCGGUGGCGGUAAUAACAACAACAACAUACCUGCUUACGGUGGCGUUGAACAGCCGGCGUUGCGCGGCUACCAGUGUCCGGACUGUUACCAAAUUUUUGAAAUGAAACAGAUACUCAAGGCGCACAUGCAGAGCGUACACGGCACACAGGGUCCCGUUUAUGAGUGCACGAAUUGCAAGAAGACAUAUUUCUACAAGCGAUUCCUCGAGAAGCAUGUGCGGCGCGGACGUUGUGUCAAGAAGCGACGCAAUCAAACGCGUCCGAUGCAGUGCUCCGAUUGUCACGUGCUAUUCCCUACCGGACACCAUUUGGGGUGGCAUAAACGCACAGGUUGUCCGUCGCGGGCCGCAAAAAUGCCAUUACAACAACUGUUGAAGCAGAACAUCGUCGAGUACAACAACUUUCCGAAACGUGUUGGCAUACGUAAGCCCGAGAAUGCGCUCUAUCUGCAUAAUAGGAAACUUCAUAUUGCCAAUAAUAAACGCAAAGGACGCACUCGCAUCAAAUUGGAUUCGAAGAAAAUUGCACUGGCAAAGCAGCUUAUUCUGCGGGAAGCCACCACUACCGUUAUAGCCAACGAGUUGAAUAUUUCGCGCACUUUUGCUUGGCGUCUUCGCAAGAGUCUGGUGAACGGGGUCAGCCUGCAUGAACGUGUCAUCGACAACAAUGGCGAGGAGUGCGACGAAACGGCAGCUCAGCCGAUGGUAGCCGACAGCACUGAGGAGCUACCACGGUUAUAUCCCUUAGCACAACCGUUAGAACAGUUCGCGCAAAUGCAACGCAUGGUGAAGCAGGAGAAGUCCGAGAGCGAUGAUGAAUCCGAGGAAGGCGAAGGCGGAGAGGAAAGAGAUUCUAGGCGUGGAAACGAAACCGCUGAAGCCAAGCAGCAAGAAAAUAACGAAGCACAUGCUCGAGCGUUGGAGGUCCCGCGCGAACAAUUGCAACACGAACAGUAUGCAGCUGCAGCGGAGAAGCAACAGUUGCAGGCUGAAGAGUCAGCGUUAACUGCUAAGCUGAUGGAACAACAGUUAUUACAAUUACAACAACAACAACAACAACAGCAACAGCAAAGUCUGAACAAUGCGAAUAAUGCGGAGGGCGAUGAUGAUAAUGAUGACGAUUCUGACAGUGACUCCGAUGAUUCGGAUGACGAUGACGACGACGACGAUGACGAUGACGAUGAUGAUGACGACGAAGAAGAUGAAGAUAACAAAAAUUGCGACGACGGUGAAGAGACUGAUAAUUCUGUAGAAAAAAGCGAUGAUGCCAAGAAGACGGAACAAGAUCAAGCACAAAAAUUACAAAUACAACAACGUGAACUAGAACAAAACUACCAGCUCCAGCAGCAUCUACAACACCCACAAAGUGUAAUACAAACAAAUGCAGCACUUCCACAAUCGCUAUUGGAGGGUACCGUGGCACCGGGGCUUAUAACACCGAAGGACUUGAAUGGACUGCGUCAACAGUUGUCGAAUCACAGUAAGGAGAGUGUAGCUCAGUCAGUGAUUACGCAAUUUCCAUCCGCAGCCGCCACCAAUGUUCACCAACUCCCAGUGAAUCUAUCAAUUCGCACCCCGCAAGGCGCGCAAAACAACGAAUCACCAAACAAGGAGACUCCAACCCCUGCCACAACAGGUCAGACAAAGAAACCGCGUAAACCGAACGUUUUCAUUGACGACGAGAAAUAUGCGAUGGCCAAGACGUUGGUCGCGCAGAAUGCAUCCACCAUGGAGAUAGCACGCGCACUGAAUGUCUCACAAAUGACCGCUUGGAAGGUACGCGAUGCCAUUGUUAAAGGAUUGCCGUUGUCAUAUCGCAACAAGAGAGAUGGUCGCAGUGCCUCAAAUGGGUCGAGUGUUUGUGGUGAAGCGACUGGCGGUGCUGUUACGGAUAGUAUUGAGUCACAGAUGGCACAUCAGUUGCUCUUGCAACAGCAGCUGCAACAAGAGCAGUACCGACAAGAACAGCUACAGAUACAACAACAACACCAGCAACAGCAGCAACAAAAACGUUUACAGCAACAACAGCAAGAGCGUUUGCGUUUGCUGCAACGCCAACAGCAACAACUAAAAGCACAACAACAUUUGCAGAAGCAACAACUACAGCAGCAGCAACAGCAGCUACAAGAGCAACAACAGCUUGCACAACAACAACAAUUAAUUGACGGACAACAUUACGCCACAUCACAACCAUCCGCCUCGCCGCCGCAAUACGAGCAACCGGCCACCAGUACCACCACUGCACCCGGACCGGUGAAGUUCGUACAUCCGCGACGUCGUUUAAAGGCAGCCGAGCGCGAGCAACGCGACAAAGAAAUAACACGUGAGAUACUCGAACUCAUACGCGAAGACAGCAACAUACAGUAUUGGAAGGUGUCGGCACGCCUUGCUGAGAAAGGCUUCCCCAUUUCACCAUCUUCGGUCUGUCAGAAGCUCAAAUCGAUGGGCAUACAUCGGCGUUGGAAGCCCGGCGACAAGCCACCCAUGAUGGUGGACAUGGAUCAGUUGAAGGCGGCAAGUGCCAUAGCCGGUAAUUUGGUGCCGCCACCAAAUGCGGCCGAAGAGGGCUACGAACAACAGUUCGAUAUGGGUGGCGCACACUUUCUUAGUGCCUUUACGCGAUGAACAAAGCAGUACAGUGUGAAAAAGUAGAGACUUGCGGCGUCUGGUGAGCGUAAGCUCACACAUUUAUUAAAACAAUAUUCAACCAAGAUCAAAGUUAAGAACAAGGAAUGCGUAUUAUAUAAUAUAUAUUGUUUUACUUUUAUAUACAUACAUAUAUACGUAUAUAGGAACAGUAUCUUUCGAGGUAAUCACAUGUAAUAAGACAGUAGUUAUAAUCUAGUUACAUAAAGCAGUCGCAUGCAGGCAAAAAGUAUUCAAGUUCUAAUUAGUGUUAUGUAAAGGGACACAUUAUAGUUAAUAAUAAAAGUAUUUGAGCAUAAAGUGUUAAGAAGAAAAGUGUAAAAUGUAUAACAAUGUCUAUGCAGAAGUAAAGUUACAGUAUUUGAAAAAAAAACUGCUGUUGGACGCAUCAUUCCAGUUUAACUUUUGCUUUAAAAUUUAGCAUACAUACAUAUCCACAUUUAAUUAAUUACUGAACAAGUAUUAAACUUGAAAAAAUUUGAGAAAAGUCAUUAAAUGGCGUAAAAAGACAGCUUCCAUUUUUAUAUACACUCACAUAAUUAAUUUUUAGUACGCACAAAAUGAUUUCUUUCUCGCACAUAAGCAGCUACAUAUGUAUUUAUUUUAUGUUUAAAACACUAUACUAUACGUUAAUAUAUUUUGAAGUUGUACGGAGGCAUAUAUGAAAGACUAGCUUGAACAAAAUAUUAGAAGACUCUAGCACGUAAUAGCUAUUUAUAGACACACAAAUACAUAUAUUUUGCUAUUUGCAUAAGUUGAAAAACGAUCCAUUUAUUUUUUAGUUUAAGUUCAAAGCUUUUGUUGGCAGAAUUUCGAACUACGUGUUACGAAAACUCGUUAAAAAUUAUUUAACCUUUUAAUAUGCAUAAAAUCAGAGAUAUUAGUUUGCUGAGAUACUAAAAUAGAAUUCAUUUUACUAAAAUCUUCAGCAAUCACAACAAAUAAAUGAGUUUUACAAAUAACAAAACUUUCAGUUAGCUUGUGGCACAUAAAAUUGUUUGAGACUACAAUAAGUACAAUAUACGUAUAUAGCAUAAUUAGAUAUUAAUGCACAACUGGAUUUUAAUUUAAUUUUUUUUUCAAUUGUAAAUUUUUACAAUUUUUUUUAGGCUUCCAAUAUGCAAAUCAUAGUUUUUCAUAUUUCCAGUAUUUUUUUUUUAAACCAACGCAUAUGUUUGUGGCAACGCACUGAAAUAUUCCAAAUGAGUUCCUUUGUAUUUUAUUUACUUGCACCGUGCAUUGCAUCAGUGCAGACAUCCGUCCGAGUUUUUGUUUGACACUAAAAUGUUGCUGCGCAUGCGUAGUAUUCC